GCCUUGUUGUAUUUAAACUCCUCUCUCUAGAGUCUUCGUCUCCGACGACCCUUACCAAAAACCCUAACAAUGGCCGACGCCCAGGCCAUGCCUGAUUCUCUCCCAAUUCCACCUAUAUUCUCCGACGAUCUCACAUUACCUGAUGAUUUCCUCUCCUUUGACGACGAAGACUUCGACAUCACAUUUGAUGAUAUCCAUCUCCCCUCUGAUACCGAAGACUUUUUCAACUCCGCCUUCAAGUCUUCCAAUCCGAUUGAUCUCUCAUCCUCUGAUCCCGAAUUCAAUGACUUUGUGUCUGAUCCCGAAACCAUUGUUGCGGACUCGGGGCAUCAUGGAUCGGACGUUUCUGGCUUUCUUAACAUUCUGUCUCCGGAUGAUUCCGGUAAGGGGUUUGUUCACGAAUCUGUCAGGGUUUUGGAUGAUUCGUCACCGGAGUCGAGACACGAGAAUCCUGUUUCGUCUCAGGGUUCCGGGAAUUGCGGCUCUGCUGGAUCGGAUGCUGCUAUGAAUUGUCCUUCGCCUGAUUCUGGAAAUUCCGUUGUUGAUCAGAAGGUGAAGCGGGAAUCCGGGAGUAAUUUUGUGUUGAAGAGGAAGAAAGAGAGUUCUGAUGGCAGUCCUGAAUCAAGGACAAUGAAGUUUAGAAGGUCCAAUGAAACUUCAACAACCACUGAGAAUUCAGAUCAAGUUAACGAAAAAGAUGAGAAGAAGAAGGCGAGGCUGAUAAGGAACCGGGAGAGCGCGCAGCUUUCGAGACAGAGAAAAAAGCAUUAUGUGGAGGAGUUAGAGGAUAAGGUCAGAGCAAUGCAUUCAACUAUUCAGGAUUUGAAUGCUAGAAUAACUUACUUCGCAGCAGAAAAUGCAACCUUGAAGCAGCAAAUGGUUGCUGGUGGUGGACCUGUGUGCUCGCCUCCUGUAAUGUACCCACCACACCCUGCAAUGGCGCCCAUGGGAUAUCCAUGGAUGCCAUGUCCACCAUAUGUUGUCAAAUCACAGGGCUCUCAGGUGCCAUUGGUUCCUAUUCCCAGAUUGAAACCUCAACAACCUCCAUCCUCACAAAAGGUGAAGAAGGUUGAGGUUAAGAAAACUGAGGGUACAACUAAAACCAAAUCCAAAACCAAAACCAAAACCAAGAAGGUUGCUAGUAUUAGUUUUCUUGGGUUCUUGCUAUUUAUCGUGCUUUUUGGUGGGUUAGUUCCAACUAUGAAUGUCAAAUUUGGUGGAGCAACAAAUGGUGGGUAUUCCGGUGGAUCUAAUGAUUAUAGGUUUUACGAACAGCAGCACCCUGGGAGGGUGUUGAUGGGUGGUGAUCAUGUCAAUGGGACUAACCAUAGAACAGGUGUAGGUAGUGGAAGAGCUAAUGAGCAUAACGCUAGUGAGCCUCUGGUAGCGUCUCUAUAUGUUCCAAGGAAUGAUAAGCUUGUGAAAAUUGAUGGUAAUCUGAUAAUCCAUUCUGUUCUUGCAAGUGAGAAAGCCAUGGCUUCUCAGGAAGAACAAGGAAUGACCAAAAAGGAGGAUACCGGUUUGGCAGUUGCUCUAGAUUUGGUCCCUGCUAUCUCCAUUCCAGCAGUGGGAAGGAAUGGUGGAAGACAGCCACAUAUGUAUAGGACUUCAAGUGAUCGUCAAAGGGCUCUUUCAUCAGACAAUGAGAACUUGAAGUCCAAGCCUGCUGACGGUAAACUGCAACAAUGGUUCCGCGAAGGUCUUGCUGGACCCAUGUUGAGUUCAGGUAUGUGCACCGAAGUAUUUCAGUUUGAUGUAUCAGUUGCUUCGGCUUCAGGAGCCAUAGUUCCUGCCACAUCAGUCGGCAACAUCACUGCCGAAGACCACCGCGAGAAUUCUACAUACAUCACUACGACAACCGUGAAGAACAGAAGGAUCCUCCACGGUCUUCCAAUACCCAUUUCUAACAUUACAAAAGAACACGUGGCUGGUCAUGAGUCAAAGCACGAGGAGCAUCACAAAAACAAUUCGGUUUCAUCAAUGGUGGUUUCGGUGCUUGUUGAUCCUAGGGAGGCGGGGGACGGUGGUGGCGAUGUGGAAGGAAUGAUGGGGGGUAAGUCAUUCUCUAGGAUAUUUGUGGUGGUUCUUUUAGAUAGUGUUAAGUAUGUUACCUAUUCUUGCAUGCUUCCAUUGAAGGGAGCUGGUCAUCUGGUAACAGCAUGAAGGGGUUCUAUAGAAGUUUUGUAGAUAGAGUAAGAUUAGUAGUGUUAUAUGUAUUGUAAUCCUUUAUCUGAUGGUGUCCUUUGUGGUCUACUCUAAGAUACAUACGGUUAUGACUUAUAAUAUGCCCAAGGCAUCUAAUUAACAACAUAAAUCAAAUGCUCCUCUUUCAACCUCU